ACUCAUAACCUCCAUCAGAGCCGCAACGCACUUGUCAAUUCAAGAUGGCGACGUCGAAGCCGACCCAAAACGAGCACGAUCACGAACUGGACGGAGAGGAAGAAAAUGUCCAGCCAGACAAGAAGGAGAAGAAGAAGAAGCAGGAUUCAGAAGCCGCCGCUGAUCUGGAGAAGGUUACCGACUACGCAGAGGAGAAGGAAAUUUCCACAGAGAGCAUCCAAAAUGCUAUGAGUUUAGUGAACCAGAAAACAUCAGAAGAGAGAAGCAAAAAGGCAAGCAGAGAAAGAGAACUAGCCAAAGUUGUGAUCCGGAAAGAAGAUGUUGAAUUGAUUAUGACAGAGCUGGAGGUGACGAAGCUGGUUGCGGAGCGUACGUUGAGAGAACACCAGGGAGACAUUGUCAAGGCUCUCAUCUCUCUCACCAACUGAGAACAGCACCAUCUUCUCUCUGUACAGUCAUGCCGCACACCAGUCGUUCAUGUACCUGCAAUGUUGUUGUGUAGAACCUGGAAAAGAUAAUGUUGUGUUUAUGGUUACAGUCCUGAAAUAAUUAGGGCCGGUAGGCAGGGAUUUUCCUUUUUUUUUUAAUAAGUGAUCAACAGGUACAGUUUGGCAAUGUUCAAGUACAGGUAUAUUAAUGAAAUGAACAAUGAAGUACGAUGUUAAGUAUGCAUUCUUGCAUCCACUGUUCAAAGCCCUAAUCUGAUAAGGAUUGUAGAAUACAGAAAGUCUGUAAGACACAACAUUUUUUCUCUAGGCCUAGAGUGUUUUCAAUCACUUUUUAUCCAUGCAUAAGUUCUGCAACACUUUUGGACAAUAUAAGUAUUGAGCUCAAGGGAAUCCUAACAAAAGGACUGUCCUACUUUUGUGGGGGUGGACAGGUUGGUAACUUGAUAUACAUGUACAUUAAUGUUUAUCCUCUAGUCUGUGACAAAUGAAAAUGUUCUGAUUCCCUAUGUUAAUGUGGUCUCAUCCAAGCCUCAAUUUAAAAUUUAGAGUCAGAAAAUACAGUCAACAGUAAUACUAAAAUGAUGUAAGGAAACAACAACAUUGUGUUACCAUUAUAAGGGGCAGAGGACAGAGAAACACCUAGGUAAAUACCACGUCCAACACUGUAUCAUUUUUCUAGUUCUUUAAAUGAAAAUCAAAUGUCAAUAUCCUUCUGCACAUUAAGCAAUAUAUUUCAAAUGUCAGCACAACAAAACAUUGAUAUUUUUCAUGCUUGGCUAUAUUUUGAUAUUUUGAUUUUAACAGUAAUAAAGGUAUUGAAGCAGUA